AUGCCGACCAUCACUGCCAGUGCGGCUGGCCAUCAAAGUCACCAUCAUCACAGUAGUCAUCAUCAUCAAGAAUGGAACUUGGAUCCGACAGCGAUUCGACGCCGCGCCAAGUCUCUAGCGGGUGUCCAAGCACUACCAUCCCACGCCGAACACAUUGUCUCCUUUCUAGUGGGUCUCCACAAUAAUGCGAGUAGUACGGAAGGAUUGGCCCGGGUCAACAUCUUUGUCGAUACUGGCACUGUCUCGACGUGUCGGGUCUUUCAAGGCGUGCCACGAGAAUCCUUUCGCCGCAAUGUCACGUCGUUGGAUGUCAUUGAACGCCUCUUACGCCAUCCACCAGCCCCCACCGAAAUUGACGAAACAUUGGUUGGUGUUCACGACAACACAAGCACUAAUACGAAUGCACCUUCACCGACCAAGACCACGUCUCUCAAAGAUGAUAUUGAAUUGGCCGAAGUGGGACUCUGUAUUUUACAUGGCGAGAAAGAAAAAUUGGAAAGCCAUUUGGUGGCGUUGGAAGAACGAGAAGAACAACACAAGAAAUUACAGCAGCAGCAACAACAACAACAGCAGCAAAAGCCACGAACAUCCGUAGCUGCUUCUUCCAGUAACAACAAUCAUGGCAGUCGAGAAGACGAUUCCACCACACAAGAUGACGAGGAAGAAGAAGAAGACGACGACGAUGAUGCCAGUGAAGAAGAAGGAAUGGAAUUCCAAUUCUCACUUCCCGUCUCGGCCAUGAAACAUGUCGAACAGUGUCUACAAGAUAUUAGUCGCAUGAAUAAGCUAGUGCGUGGUGUCGCUACCAAUGGAAAAGGCACUAUAUUCUUGUAUGGCAAUGGCGGCGUUGCCUACACACCCAACAUUCCCAAACAUUUGUAUCAAAAACUCAAAUUACUCCGCAAUUCACCCAUUUCGGCACGUCCUUCCUAUGUCUCGUUGGGAACCCGCGAUCGCUAUUUUGUGGCGUUCAAAGACGACACGUUUGAUUGGAAAGGUCCCAAAGCACUCGAUAAAGUAUUGAAAGGCUGUCGUCAAGCACCCCGAUCGGUCGCGUUUGGCAAUUCCUACGAUACCUUUUUUGUCGUUUUUGCCGAUGGAUCGUGGAAAUUUCACGGACGAUCCAUUCCAUCCGCACUAGCCGAUAAACUGGGAGAACGACGCGACAAGGCCGAUUUGGUCUGUGUCAAUCUAGGCCCGCACGGAGAAUGGUUUGUCCGAGCCGAAAAUGGACGCAUGUGGUGGGGUGGAAUCAGUGAAGAUCUCGAUGCCGUUACACAGGAAAUAUUGCAAGCGGGAAAUUUUCUACACUUUAUUGACUUUGGAGAAGAUGGAUCCUACUUUCUCAGUCAUGAUUCUUAA